GGAGCACAGAUCCAGAUCCAGAUUAGAACAGAUCACCUGCAGCAGGAUACAAACCAGUCAGGUGUGUGUGUGUGUGUGUGUGUAUAUGUGUGUGUGUGUCAGGUAUGUGUGUCCUGACCCUGCUACUGGAUAAACACACGCACACACGUGAGAGACCCACACACUCACAGAGUCCUUCAGGGAGCAGGUCGCACGGAGGAGGAUUCAUCAGAUCAUCAUGAAACCAACUAAACUGGCCGGCGGCAGAUCGUCGGUGGAGGCCGUCUUGGGUUUUGCGCUGGGAGCAGUGGGAGGCUGCAUACUCGGGGCCACAGAGAUCCCCGUGGACAGAGUCCUGUCUGAGCUGACUGCAGCCGGGCCCCUGAAGCCUGUCAUGGAGGAGGUGAGCACUGUGGGGCCCCUGGGUCUGGGGACCCUGUUGGGAGCUACGGCUCUGAGCGCUGCGAUGACCUCGGCGGUGGCGGGUGUGAUCCUGGCUGCUAUCGUAGCUCUGCUGUUUGUAGCCUCCAGGAGCUGCCUGCCCUCCCACGCGGACUCUGCCGGUCUCUGGGUGUCUGCGGGACUUGCCGGGGCCCUCGGCGCCACUCUGAGUGGUGCCACACUGGGCGCCACUAUCGAGUGGAUCGUGAGGACAUUUGGCAUGGUGGGCCUGCUGUGUGCGCUGAGCGUGUUCACCGUGCUCAAACCCCUCCAGUACCUGGUGUUCAAGAAGCUGUGGGUGGAGGGUCGCUGCUGCACACUCGGGUCCACGGUCUGGGCCGGAGACAGGGAGCAGGACGAGAUCUCGGAAGCCCAGCAGAGACAGAGAGAGGCCGAGCUCAUGGAGCAGAGGAUCCUGACCCUCGAGAAGGGCGGUGAGGACGCGGGCGAGGAGCUGAAGUCAAAGUGGGAGGCGGAGCAUCAACGACGAGAGGAGAGAGAGAGGAAGAGGAGGGAGAACGAGGAGGCAGAGAUGGAGCAGAGGACCAUCCAGGACUGGAUCAACACCGUGGUGGUCAAACACGUGGACUUCAUGGCGUUCUCGGGGAUCCCGAUGACUGUGAUCGCCGUGGUCACAUCAGCGUUUGGGUUGUUCGGGUACGGGGGGCAUCAGUCGGUGUUCAUAGUGCUCCUGGCUCUGGUCGCCGUCAUCGCCUACCUGCUCAUGAAGUCCUCGGACUUUAAGUUCUGGAUGCUGGUCGGCUGCAUGGGCAUGAUUGCCACCUUCGUCAUCGCCAUGCUCACGCUGCACGCCGGUCAGGUCGUGGUUUCCGCGGCGAUGAAGAUGCGAGCGGCGGGGCAGGAGCAGUCCAGGGAGAACGUCAGCGCUCGGAUUAACCAGCAGACCUCCGUGGAGGCUUUGAACGCCGCCGUCUUCGUCUCCCGGCUGUGUCAGCUGAGCCUGGGGGCCACAGUGGGCGGGGCUCUGGUGAGGCGGAGAUUAGGGGAGGUGAGGGUCAUAGUGGGGGCGGCCUCUGUCGCCGGGGGGUUACUGGUCGGGGUGGAGGUUUUGGGCACGGUGCUGGGAGAGGGAGGGAGGGCGGGGGCGCUGCUCGGGGUGGUCGGGGCAGCGGGGGUGUCCGUGGGGGCGGCAGCGGCCAUGGCAGGGGGGUGGUCCUCGUGGUUGGGGACUCUGGGAACCAUCGCAGGAUUGAUUCUAGGGGCUCUGGGGGUCGGAAGGUGGCACAUUGUCAACAUCGGACUUCAGGUUCCUGCAGCGUACGUGUUCGCCAUGACAAACCCGUUCUAA